CACAAUUCGGAGAAAACCGGCCUCCAAACUUCCCUCUGCGCGCGCCACGUCAACCCUGCUCCCCCCUUUCCCUUGCUUGCUUGCUGUUUCGAUUCAAACCCAUGAUGGUGGUGAUCAUGAUGAAGCAAUUAUUGCACGACUGAAGUAAAAGAUCGAUAGGGAUUGAUCGAUUUUCCAUUCGUUGCUGUGGCUUCGUCCAACUGGGUCCUCGUCUUCCGAUGCUCUCGAAAUGUGGUGAAGCAUAUGUACAUCAAGAUGUGGAUUUGCUGAAUAAGCCAAGUUAUUCUCCGCUCUACGUGUUGCUGUUCUUUCAAGCUAUGUUGAUGAAGCUCAAAGCUUGUUCAUUUGUCUCUUACUCACUUCAAAUCUUACUAGUGGCCCCUCAUGUUCUUGUGGGUCUGUCUUCUGCCUGCUCGCUUUAUUCAAGUAUUCGUUACGAGAUACUGGGCUUGCCUGCUCCCUGUUGAAACUUGGAAUUUGGUGAUUCCAUAUAAAGGAAGGGACUUACUGGCUGAGGGUGGACAAUUUACAAUCGCAGUACUGAGUUUAGCAUAGAGGCUAGAGCAGAAGGGAGUUUUGUCCUGAAUUAGCAUUGUCUAAAUGGCUCCAGGAGGCAUCGCCUGCAAGGAAGAGAUAGCCUUUACAGAUGGUGAUAUAUUGACAUUAAAUGCAGACUCGAGCUCUCCUUUUAGAAAAGCAGCCUCUCCAUUUGGUGGAAGUCUUGGGACAUCAGCUGGCAAUGUUCAGGAUUUACUGGAAUGUCCUGUGUGCAUGAAUCUCAUUUACCCUCCAAUUUACCAGUGUCCCAAUGGCCAUACGCUAUGCGAGAAAUGCAAAGCAAGAGUGCGUAACUCAUGCCCUACUUGUCGUGGAGAACUUGGAAACAUAAGGUGCUUGGCACUAGAGAGAGUUGCUGAGUCGCUAGAAGUUCCUUGUAAAUACCAGCACUUUGGCUGUUAUGAGAUAUUUCCAUACUAUAGCAAGCAAAGCCAUGAAAAGAGCUGCAAAUACCGUCCCUAUGGCUGCCCUUAUGCUGGUGCCGAAUGCUCUGUCACUGGAGACAUCCCACAGCUUGUUACGCACCUCAAGAACGAUCACAAGGUCGAUAUGCAUGAUGGGUGUACCUUCAAUCACAGAUACGUGAAGUCUAAUCCCCAAGAAAUUGACAAUGCCACAUGGAUGUUAACUGUCUUCAAUUGCUUUGGCCGACAGUUCUGCUUACACUUUGAGGCCUUUCGUCUUGGGAUGGCUCCAGUUUACAUGGCUUUCCUGAGAUUCAUGGGUACAGAAGAUGAGGCGCGACAGUUUAGUUACACCUUGGAAGUGGGUGGGAAUGGCAGAAAGCUAAUAUGGCAAGGUAUACCAAGGAGCAUCCGGGAUAGCCAUAGGAAAGUAAGAGAGAGCCAGGAUGGAUUAAUCAUUCAGAGAAACUUGGCACUUUUUUUCUCUGGUGGGGACAGACAGGAGCUGAAGCUGAAGGUUUCCGGGCGCAUAUGGAAAGAGCAGUAAGAAUAUGCGUAAGACAUCAACAACAACAACAACAACAAAAACAAAAACAAUUGAUUGGGUAGAACUCAGAUCAAUCAUCCAUCUUUUGGUUAGGUACAGAUAGAUUGCACUAAUUUUGGUGAGAUGUAUUGAAACCGAGAUAUGCCUUCACUGAUGCCUGCUGCAUUGUCAGGCAAAGGAUUCGGGAAGUGAAUAGUAUUAGCUUAAGAGAGGGAAAAGGAUGAUAAAGGUAGUUUGAUGAGAAAGUGAAAGCUUAUGACUUUAGAAGCGUGCCAUGCAGGGAGCUUGCUGAAAUAUGUAACUUGAUGAUGCAGGACAACCGAAAUGGAGAAUGUUAAUUACAGUUCGGACAUUUCAUUUUUUAAAGCUCACAGGCUGGUCCCGUU